AUCUAAAAAUGCAAUCUUAACGAUUUAAAAGUACCAUAAAGAUUUUAAUGUUUUAAAACAAAUCUGUUCAGUGUCUAAACGCUUGUAAACACAGAACAUCCAUUUUCUCUCACAAAAACUAAAAAAUUCUUUCCUUUAAUGGCCAACUUUUAAAAAACCCUUCUUAUUCGCAAAUCACCUAAUUAUUUUAAAAAAUGGUAAAUUGUUCAAUUAAUUAAAAAAAACUUUCAUCCUUAACGAGACGGAGCCGAGAUAAAAAUCAUUCGCAACUUAUUUAAUUUAUAAUUAAAGAAAGAACGGUAAUAAAUAAAUAAAAUAAGAUAAAAAAGCGACCACGUUUCGAGUCGAACGCUAACAAAUCAAUUUCAAUUUUUCCGCAAACGCCAACUCCACCCUAAGGAAAAAAAACAAGAACCAAUUAAAAUCCAUCCGCCGGCUAAUCAGAGCCGAUAACCAAUAGAAGCGAGGCCGGUGUUAAAAUGACCAAUGAGCGGAGGAUCCGUCGUCACUGUGACGACACAAGUAUAUCCCGGGCCGAGGGAUGAUAAUUUUGGAGCAGUGCGGCGCGGAAGCUGUGCUGGUUUGCGGCACGGCUGCGGAUCCCGUUUGUAGAUUAGUUUGGUGUUAUAAAGGAAAAGAAGAAAAGAAAAAAAAUUUAUUUGUCUUUAUUUUUAUACAUUUAAAAAGUUUUUUAAUUUCAUUUUAUAAUUACGUCCUGUGAUGCCUGCUAGUCUGUUUACCGAUAUGGAUCAUCACGGGGGAGGUGUAGAAGAACAGAGAGCCUUACAGUUGGCGUUAGAACUGUCUCUGCUCGGUUUAACGGCGGAUAAUGACAUAUCCGCAAUAGGUAAUGGCUUCGACGUCGAAGUUCGCAACAAGAAGAGUCAGAACACGACGGAAUGUGUACCUGUACCCAGUUCGGAACAUGUGGCCGAGAUUGUAGGAAGACAAGGUUGCAAAAUAAAAGCUUUACGUGCCAAGACAAAUACUUACAUAAAAACUCCUGUACGAGGUGAAGAACCGGUGUUUGUCGUUACGGGAAAAAAGGAAGACGUGGCGGCAGCUAAGAAAGAGAUUCUUUCGGCUGCUGAGCAUUUUAGUCAGAUUCGAGCGCAACGUAAAAAUAAUAUGAACGGUUCGCUUGUUCCUGGGCCCAAUUCUAAUCUUCCGGGUCAAGAAACGAUCCAAGUAAGAGUUCCUUAUCGUGUGGUUGGCUUAGUAGUGGGUCCAAAGGGUGCUACAAUCAAAAGGAUUCAGCAACAGACCAAUACAUACAUUGUAACUCCAGGCAGAUACAAAGAACCUGUGUUUGAAGUUACAGGGAUGCCUGAUAAUGUUGAAAAUGCAAGAAAAGAAAUUGAAGCUCACAUUGCCAUGGUUACAGGUGGAAUGCUAGAUUCACAAGACUUAAAGGAUAUUUGUGUUAAUGACGUCGAUUACUCGUUCACAGUAAAUAUGAAUGCGGCAAAUGGAUUUAUUAAUUCUGUAUCAGAAUUAAAUUCCGGUUUUACCUAUGACAGCAAUAAUAUUCUUUCGGAACAUUUCCCAGACUUAUAUUCUUUUACACCUCCAUCUUCCAAUGAAUCUGUGAAGUUAACAGAUAUAUAUUCCCAUUCGGUAUUUGCAAAUGGUUUUACAAAUAAUUUUGGUUUUUAUGAUACUGACGAAUCUCAUAAUUAUGACUCUGUUGUUACCAUAUCUUCUAGUACAGCUUGGUCAGAAUUUGAUACUUCUCCAGACACAUUAUUCAGCACAGCAGCUUCUACAAGCACUAGCACAACAUUUAGUAACUUGAAUCAUUGCAGUGAUCCAGCUACAAUUCAGAGUUGUGAAGACGCUUCUCGCAUCCACACCGAUGCAAUGAAUGGCAGCAUAUCUUCUUUUCCAUCACUUUCAAAUGGAACAUCCGUGGGCACAAAUGAAAUUCUUAUCAAUAGUUUUCCUACAAAUUCUAGUGGUAGUUCUGAUAGCAACGCAAGCAGUCCUACUGAAGGAAGAAAAAUAAAGAGAGACUGUGUUGUAUGCUACGAAAGUGAAGUAGUGGCAGCACUCGUUCCCUGUGGUCACAAUAUGUUUUGUCUCGAAUGUGCCAAUCGUAUCUGUGAAAAGCCAGGCUCAGAAUGUCCAGUAUGUCGUCAGUUAGCAUCUCAGGCUAUCAGAAUCUAUUCUUAAAAUUUGUGCAUAAGGCACCUUUUUUUAUAUAGUUAUUAAUUAGUCUGUGAUUAUAUCACUUCUUUGAUUCAUUAUCACAUGACCAGUUUAGACUUUUUCCUAUUAGAGAACAUACCGCAAUAUGGCUUGACUUAGAAAUAGUCUUUAAAGACUUUUCAACAUUAUUAUAAAAAAUAUCUAAAAGUAUUAAAAAAAGUACAGAUGAUUUUAUUCUUUGAUGUAAAAUUUAUAAGUAAAAAAAAUUAUAUAUAUAUACUUCUUACUAAACAAAUUUUUGACAAAUGUAGUGAUUACCAAAAUGCACAUAGCUUGGUUGCUGUUUUAAAUCUUAAAUAAAAGUUGCUUUUUAAAAAUAUUCUAUUCAUGUUUUAGUCAGUUCCUACAUAUAUUCACUGUUGUGAUUUGUAUGGGGGCUUCUAUGCUUGAAAAUGUAAACUAUUAUAGAUUUUAGUAUUAUUUUAAUAUUGUUUAGUAAUGGUUAUUUUUAAUAUAUUUAUGUUGUUUGUAUAUGUAGGAACAAAUGUUAUUUUAUGCUAUAUUUUUCAAUGUUUAUUAUAAAACAGAGUUAACAUUAUUUUUCAUGUAAAAAAUGUGGAGGCAAGAACGAGUGUUUGUUGUCAAAUGUUAUUUUAUUGUAGUCUUCCAUUUUUUUUUUGUUUAUCUACAAACCUAUGCACAUGGGUUUUGCCAUAUUUCUUUAUCUGUUCUAUAUCAUUAUUUGCUGUGAUUUCCAUAAAACAUCUUUCUUAUGCAAUAAUUGGAGAGUGGAAAGAUACCAAUCUCCAGAUAUGCAAUUUCUUGUCAUUUUUAAGUAUGAAUUGAUAUUAUGAUGGACUUAGCGAUGUUUUGUGCUAGAUCUGACAUCAAAUGCUGUAAAAAAAUCAAAUUUAUUUCAGAAAUGCUCACACAUUUUACAAUAUCAGUAUUGCUACUAUUUAUAAAGAAUGCUAAUAUAAUGUUGCCUUAUUAGGAGAAUAUUUAUGUGAACAAUAACUCAUUCUUUAGCUUAAUAAUUUUAAUAAUUAUGACCAGUUGUGUAUUCUUGUAAACCAAGUCAUUUUCUUGGAGGAUACAGAGCUGCAAUAGAUUUACCAUAAAAGAAAAAACUUUAGUGUUUUCAAUUCUACAUACAAAUGGUUUAUAAAACUAUUUAAAAAAGAGAGAGAAAAAAAGGAAUUCCAAUU